AACUAGCGAACCUGGCGACGCCACAUACCACUGAUGAGACCGGACGCUCAGUAGCCCCAAUCUUAUGGCAAAAACAUUGUUUUUACUUGCUGGAGUUAUUGGUGUAAAGUAAUCAGUUCUGGUGGAAUCAUCGUUCCUUGAUAAUAUUUGUACUUUCGAUAUUCAUAAGUACGCCGUCGUUGGAUUAUCUGUCUCAAAUAUGAGUCGUAGGAGGGCACAUGAUGACGAUGAUGGAUACGAGCGCGUCUACAAGAAGAGAAGGCGUGUGUCAGAGAAUCAAGAAAUCGAGGACAGACUCGAGUCGCUUAUUCUACGAGUGGGUGAAAAGUCGACAUCAUCCUUGGAGAGCAAUUUAGAAGGGUUGGCUUCUGUGCUGGAGGCUGACCUCGGUUUAUUUCGUACUAAAAUUCUUCGUAUAUUGACCGACUGUGCCAUCAAAAUGCCUGAGAAAUGUACUAUUUACACAACUCUGGUAGGACUACUCAAUGCCAAGAACUUCAACUUUGGUGGUGAAUUUGUUGAUUACAUGGUGAAAAAUUUCAAAGACUCUUUAAAGAGUUGCAAAUGGGAUGCUGCCAGGUAUUCGCUAAGGUUUUUAGCCGAUUUGGUAAACUGUCACGUCUUAUCGUGCGGUUCGCUAAUGCAGCUCUUUGACAACAUGCUCGAUGCUGCCAACGAGGACAGUGUCCCACAAGUCAGACGAGAUUGGUACGUCUUUGCAGUUCUCUCAACAUUGCCUUGGGUUGGACGAGAACUCUAUGAGAAAAAAGAGCAGGAAUUGGAUCACCUAAUGGUGACCAUUGAAGUGUUUCUCAACAAACGCAAUAAAAAACAUCAGCCCGCCUUGAAGGUAUGGUCCAGCGAUACUCCACAUCCUCAAGAGGAAUACCUAGACUGCCUUUGGGCACAGGUGCGAAAGCUUAGGCAAGACAAUUGGGCAGAGAAACAUAUCCCUAGGCCCUACCUAGGUUUUGAUUCCGUCUUAUGUGUGGCUCUUCAACACAACCUCCCGACUCUUCUACCUCCGCCUCAUCACGAGUCUUACUCUUACCCUAUACCAACCGUCGUCUUCAGGAUGUUUGAUUAUACAGAUUGCCCAGCAGAAGGACCUCUGCUACCUGGCAGUCAUGCUAUCGAGAGAUUUCUUAUCGAAGAACACCUCAGGCAGAUCAUCGACAAUCACUACCUUGAAAGGAAAGAUUGUGCUGCUCAACUUUUGAACUUUCCAUACAAAGCAAAAAUUCCUCUCGAUUAUUGUAUAGUUGAAGUUAUGUUUGGAGAACUCUUUAAGCUUCCCUCUCCGAAGCAUUUGGAAAUAUGUUAUGGGUCGAUUUUGAUUGAACUCUGCAAAUUGCAGCCGUCCACAAUGCCCCAGGUUUUGGCACAAGCAACUGAAAUAUUGUUUCGCCGCAUUGAUAGUAUGGCUGCAGCUGCAUUUGAUCGUUUUGUUUGGUGGUUUGCAUAUCAUCUGAGCAACUUUCAGUUUCGGUGGUCUUGGGAAGACUGGGACUCUUGUCUACAGCGUGAUGCGGAACAUCCUCGCCCUAAAUUUAUAAAGGAGGUGUUAUUAAAAGCUUUGAGAUUAUCUUAUUACCAAAGAAUACGAGACAUGAUGCCGGAAACUUACGCAGAAUUGAUUCCUUUGCCGCCAGAACCGAUUUACAAGUACACUUCUGAAGGAGCAAGUAGUCUUCCGGGAACCGCAGCUGCCCACGAGCUCGUAGUUUCAAUCCGUCGAAAAUGUACGCCAGAAGAAGUGUUGACAGUUCUGAAUACCCUGCCAGGAGAGGGGGAAAAUGAGGAAUCAAAUACAUUCAAUCCACUCAAGAUCGACGUUUUUGUCCAAACAUUGCUAAAUCUUGGAUCAAAGAGUUUCAGUCACAGUUUUGCCGCCAUUGGAAAGUUCCACUACGUCUUUAAGGUUCUGGCAGAGUCCGAAGAAGCCCAGAUAUGCAUUCUUCGAAAUAUGCACGCACUUUGGAAAAACCAUUAUCAAAUGAUGGUUGUCCUCUCAGACAAGUUCCUUAAAACUGGCAUCAUCGAGUGCAGCGCCAUUGCCAACUGGAUAUUCUCACGAGAAAUGGCAUCCGAAUUCACAAAGCUAUACAUUUGGGAAAUACUCCAUCUGACAAUCCGUAAAAAAAAUAAGCACGUUAUCAAACUGAAUACAGAAUUGACAGAUGCGAGAGAAAAGUUGCGAAGGGCGGAAAGUAGGUCUGGUUCUUCUUCCGAAGACGAGGACAACACCAAAGAAAAAUCAGGUGAAAGACCGUCCGAAGAUGUCGUUGAACGAAUGGAAGAGAAACUAGAGGCAGCUCAAGCGGACCAAAAGAAUUUAUUCCUCAUCAUAUUUCAGCGAUUCAUAAUGAUCCUUUCCGAACAUUUGGUAAGAUGUGAUACCGAUGGCGUCGAUUACAAUACCCACUGGUACCGGUGGACAAUAGGAAGGUUACAACAAGUAUUUCUAGCUCACCACGAGCAAGUACAAAAGUAUUCGUCAACAUUGGAAACCCUCUUGUUCACGCCGGACCUGGACCCACACAUCCUCGACGUUUUUCACCAGUUCGUCUCGCUACGUGCGUAAAAUUUCUACAGAUCUGGACGGAGCGUGCACGUAUGCCAAUCCUGAUUUCAUUUUAUUAUCAAAACCCACAGGACAAUUACGAUCGCAGAUUCACCGAUGUAUAUUACCCUGACCUUAAUAUAUGGUUAUAGAAA